CUCUCUCUCUCCCCCUCCCUCUCAGUCAUCCAAACCCAUCUCCGCGGCUCGGUCGAACCGGACUCUCCGUCAGGAAGGAUCGUUCAGUGGAGAAGGACUGAAGUCCGAAUAUCUGUUUCUUCAAGACGAGAUUUUCUUCAUGGAGACAGAAACCAACUCUGGUUGACGGUCGGAGUGUGUGUGUGUGUGUGUGUGUGUGAGAGAGAGUGUGUUUGAGUGACAGGGAGUGUGUGUGUGAGUGUGUGUGUGAGUGUGAGAGACUCCCGCUCUCAGUGAUGGAGAUCGUGAAGGUGGAGAUCUGACCAUGUGAUGAUCAGGAGCAGGUAGAAGGUUCCUGGUCCGUGAUGGUGCUUUUUAUGGAACAGAAGCCGGGUCAUGACGAAGGGAUACCUGGGUAAAAGAGACAUGCCACACCAGGCCCUGAUUCACUGCCACCUCUUCCUGGGCGGGGCCUUGCUGCUCCUCCUGGCCGCCUCAGCUCUCAGUUGCCCCGCCCGAUGUGAAUGCUCCGCCCAAAGCAAGUCAGUCAGCUGCCACCGCAAACGCCUGCCCGCCAUCCCUGAAGGAAUCCCCAUCGAGACGCGAGUGUUGGACCUGAGCAAGAACAAACUCCGCCUGGUUACCCCCGACAACUUCUCAUCAUUCCAGCAGCUGGAGGACCUGGACCUCAGCGACAACCUCAUCAGUGGGGUCGAACCCGGAUCGUUUCGCUCGCAGCUCUCUCUCCGCUCGCUCAGCUUUCGCAGUAACCUGCUUCAGCUGGUUCCCGCCGGUGUCCUGUCGGGACUGACCAACCUCACCCGUCUCGACCUCAGUCACAACCGUCUGGUGGUUCUCCUGGACCAUGCCUUCCAAGAUUUGCGCAGGCUAACGUCCCUAGAGGUUGGGGAUAAUGAGUUGGUGUACAUCUCUCAGCGGGCCUUCACCGGGUUGAUGGGACUUCAGGUUCUGACACUGGAGCGUUCUAAUUUAACCAUGGUUCCCACUGACGCCCUGGCUCAUCUGCACAGUUUGAUGGAGCUACGCAUGCGCCACCUGAGCAUCGGCUUCCUGAAGCCUUUCUCUUUCAAGAGGUUGUCUCGCCUGCGCCGACUGGAGAUGGAUUUCUGGCCCUGGCUGGAGUCACUUCCUCCUCUGGCUCUGCAUGGACUCAAUCUAACCACGUUGUCCAUCACCAACACCAACCUGUCUACCUUUCCUGGUGCGGCACUGCGCAACCUGCCCUACCUCACACAUCUCAACUUAUCCCACUGCCGCAUCCAGCACAUCCACCACGGAGAGCUGGGCCAACUCCCUCACCUCCUGGAGCUCCGUCUGCAGGGCUCUCGUCUUCUUUCUGUGGAGCCCCUGGCCUUCGCUGGCCUCAAAUCGUUGCAGCUGCUGGAUGUGUCUCAGAACCGCCUGGACUCUCUGGAGAGGGGAGUGUUCGCCUCACCAGACGGCCUCCGGAGGCUUUGUCUGGGAGGAAACCCGUUAGUGUGCGACUGCAGAUUGGUUUGGCUGCUCAACGGCCACAAGCCCCCGUCUCUGCAAAUCCUCGACAUCCAGCCCGAGUGCAGCGCCCCCCAGCACCUGGCAGGGAAAACUCUGCGGGAACUCAAGGAGCCCCUGGUGUCCAGGUACAUGACCUGCACAAAACCCCAAAUUGGACCAAACACCACCCAGCUGUUGAUGGCAGACGAGGGUCAGCCUGCCCGUCUGAGCUGCACGGCCGAGGGCGCCCCCCGACCCUCCGUGGUCUGGAUCACCCCUCACAGACGUUACAUCACAGCCAAGAGCAGCGGCAGAGUGGAAGUACGAGCCGACGGUUCCCUGGAGAUCAAGGCGGCGGAGCUGCACGACAGCGGGGUGUACCUGUGUGUGGCCAGCAACCCCGCCGGUAACGCCAGUCUGUCGGCGUCUUUGGCCGUGAAGAGCCUGAGCCUGGGGGACGGAGGUCACUACAGCAACAGGAGCUCCACCUAUCAGACGGACUCUAACGGCACCUGGGCGAACGGCACGGUGCUGUACAACAUGACCGUGCCCAUAGAUAUGAAGGCCAUCAUCAUCUCCACCGCCAUGGGCUGUCUGUCCUUCCUGGGCGUGGUGGUCUUCUGCUUCCUGCUGCUGUUUGCGUGGAGCCGAGGGAAAGGACGCCACAAGAGCAGCUUCGAUAUCGAAUACGUCCCUCGCAAAUCCAACGGAGCGUCAUCCGAGGUGACGGAAACGAGCGGUCCGAGGAGAGUGAACAUGAAAAUGAUUUGACGAGGACGAGGACGCGCGCGGUAACGACCGCACGGUGCACACAUAUCAAGGUUUUUGUUUUUUUUCUUCCUCUGAAGUGGACAGUUGUGUUGUACAGUUGUAGUGGGUGUCAGUCUGACAGUGAUGUGGUGACAAAGUGGACGUGAAUAUUUAAGUCAACCAUGAAACAGUGUUCAGUAUAAAACUAUAACCCACAGGUCACUCACUGAUAACCGGCUGCACCAGGCAUGUGUUCCGGCGGUCAUGUGACGGUGACGUCACAGUGAAGGGGGCGGGGCUGCUGUGAGUGACCGCUGUCAUCACUGCGACCCAGUGUCCAGUUCUCAUCUUAGCUGCGCUGUGAGAGGAGUGUGUGUCCAUGUGUGUGUGUGUGUGUGCAUGCGUGAGUGCAUCAGUGUGCGCAUGUUGCAUCAGUGUGUGUUUCCUUGUGCAUGUGCACGCAUUGCCUUUCCUGUGGACGGAACAGGAACAAACAGACGAGGGUCCAAACCUUUGGUUCUGGUUCUGGUUCUGGUCCAGUCCCCUCCUCAGACUAUCGAUGGCGUCCAGGUCUGUAUGCAAAAACCCCAGUCGUCCAACUGACCAGAAAUGCUGCAAAACUCCGCCCACAGCUCAGUGGCUCCCAGUGGUAGAUGGGACUUUUUUUCUUCCCGACAGACGAACCUCCUCGUACUGAUAAAUCAGGCCAAGAUGUUGCUGCAGGAACCUGAUCCCUGACGGGACAGAACCGGUCAGUGACCAGGAACUGACCAGAGAUUUACAGACACCAGGUGAAAACCUGAGCCCCAGAUUUAUAGGACCAAUUGUCUCCCUGUGUCUCUGUUUUACUGCGUCUCUUUAGGUCGCUGUGGCACUCAUG